CUCAGUUGUACUUCAGCUCUUUGCCUACACACACACUCCAUAUGCAAACACAAUAUAUUUUACUCUAAAAAAUCUGGCUGCUUGUCAGGAGCACUGCCAUCAAAACAUUCCCAGUGAGUGGCCUCAUGAUUUUAGAGAGAGACUGGCCUCUGAACCAAGACCAUAAAGACCACAUUGCAGCAUUUUGGCCUCAUCCCCAGGGCUUCUAGGAAGUGACACUUUAACACUUUGCAUACAAACUGGUUGGACUCAAGAAAAAGUUAGUUAAAUAUGAGGAUAAGAACAUACCCAAGAGCGCACAUUCUGCAGAAGUUCCAUGCAAAUUGUCAGUCUCUUGCAGCCAACGGCAAUGCAGGAUAUGAAAGGGAAUUUGAGGAGCUGUGUGAUACUGCAAAGGAGUUAUCAUGCAGAGCUGGAGAGCUUGAUGUCAAUAAAGACAAAAACAGAUAUCCUUUCAUUUUACCCUAUGACCAUUGCAGAGUUAAGCUGUCCCUAUUAGAGUCACAGCCACACUCAGACUACAUCAAUGCCAGCUAUGUUCCUGGCGGCUAUACAGAUCAUGACUUCAUUUGUACCCAGGCUCCUUUGCCAUCAACCAUGGCUGAUUUCUGGCGGAUGAUCUGGGAGCAAAAUGUGCAGGAAAUUGUCAUGGUGACGGCACUAAAAGACAGCAGAGGCAAGGUGCUAUGUAAUCAGUACUGGCCUCCGGAGAGAGGCACUGGAUGCUAUGGGACCCUGCAAGUCACCACCAUUUCUCGUCAUCACGGUCCAGACUGCUACAUCACCGCCAUUCACCUACGACAGCACAACAGCCCCAAAGAUAGAUACAUAACGCAUUAUUACUACCCUGGCUGGCCCGAUCAGUGGGUUCCAAAGGACCACACCUCUCUCACCAACUUCACUGAGCAUGUACGGAGGAAGCUGGAUGAAACACCACGCCUAGGGCCCACAGUUGUUCACUGCAGUGCAGGCGUAGGUCGCUCUGGAACAUUUGUAGCAGUACUGUGGUUGAUGCAACUGUGUGCAAGGGGAAUACCGCCUGAUGUACGUCUCGCUGUCCGAGACCUGCGCAGACACAGAGUGUUGAUGGUGCAAAAUGUGGAGCAGUACAUACUUGUGCAUCAGUGUCUACUUGACUGGCUAAGUGGGAAUAUGGAGAGGCCAAGAACCCAGAAUGCUGUGGUGCGUUUCCAGAUCGAACAGCCACAAGCACACAGGCAAUCCAGAAGGGAUUGGAAAAACCGGCGGAGGAAUUCUGACAAUGCGCAACGCCCUGAAUCCAGUCAUUCGUCUAUUCAAGAGACACAAACACCUCAGCCUCAGCAAACAGCAUGGCAAUCCCUACGAGAAUCCCUGCAUGCUUUAAACCCUGGGAAGCUCCUGCAGAAGAUAAGGCCUCCGACUUCUCAACUCAACACAGACCCACAAAAAGACACACCACUGUAAGGCAGAUACACACAUGGAUAAACCAGUAGUGUACAAUAGCCAUGUGAAUUGCUGUAGCUUGUGUAGUGCAACCAAGAUAAGCAAUAGUAAAAGCAAAACUGCUCAACAUGUUCCAACUGAAACAAAAAACAUAACCAGAAAGAAGGAUAAAUAAAAAUAAGCUAAUGUAUGUAUAAUACAUUUUGGGUCAAUACCUUAAUUGUGGUACCAGAAUUCGCUCCAAUUACAGUUGCAUUUUUUUUUAAUACUUCAUCGUUUUUGCACAUUUGGUUUUGCCAAUAUUGUAUCAGAUUUAUGCCUGGACUGCUCCAUUCCAACAUUCAUUCAUUUUCAAGGUCAACCAACAAUGCAAACAUGUCAGUUGAGACAAAUAAGUGAUGGACGAUUCACCCUAACAUGCUGGUGCUAAAUAUAGCUUGUACUUAGUCAGUACAAAUAUCUGCAACUUGAGUGAAAAACAUGCACUAAUUACACAUUAACACUUGCAUAUAAUAAAUUAAUAUUUUCAAAAUGUUUAAAAUAACAGUAGCCAUUAAAAGAAUGUUUUUAUAUAUUUUAUAAGAACAUUUUCCAGCAUCAAGUGUAAAUAAGAUUGUUUUUCUAAGCUGUUUUUUUAUUGUUGGGGUAUUUUUUGUAUAAUUAUGUCUGAGAACUGUUACAGGCAAUAUGUAUAUGUGUAUGU